GUUAAAAAAUAAAUUAAUUAAUUAAUAAUAAUAAUAAUAAUAAGUCAGUGGAAGGUUCUUACAAGGAGAGUAAAACUGUCGUGUGUGUGUGUGUCAGAGAGAGAGAGAGAGAGUGUGUGUGCGUGAAUCUGUGCGCGCGCGCGCGUGUGUGUGUGUCUGCGUCUGCGCGUGUGUGUCAGUCAGACAGGAGCCGGAGUUAGAGAGGAGGCUCUCCGUUGCACGCACGCGUGAUUAUUCCGCUCCUGCGUGAUUGUCCGGUGUGUGUGUGUGUGUGUGUGUUGAGUCUCAGGUUUCCGAAGCCGCAGGUCGGUCCUCCUCCUCCUGAGCAGCGGCUCAGUAAACAGUCAUGUCUUCUAAUUUCGCUUUAUCGCGAACUUUGCGCAGAACCGGGAGCUUCCCUUCCGCCAGGACGGUCCGGAUUGUGAUCCUGGGACAAGGUGCAGUCGGGAAAACAGCACUAGCUGUGCGCUUCAUCACCAGGAGGUUUAUCGGGGAAUAUGAUCCGACUCUGGAGACCAUCUACAGACACGAGUUGGCAAUUGGAGGUGAACCUGUGAACUUUGAGAUCCUUGAUACUGCAGGACAGGAGGAAGACGCGCUGCUGAUGGAAGAGAAAAUUAAAUGGGCCGACGGCUUCCUCGUAGUUUACUCCGUCACCGACCGCUGCAGUUUCGAUGAAGUCAUGCGCCUGUGCUUCCUGGUGAAUCACAUCCACGGCAGAAGAAGCUGUCCUGAUCCUCCACCGGUCAUCAUCGUGGCUAAUAAAAAAGACCUGGAGUUUGACAGGAUGGUGUCGGUAGAGGAGGGCGAGAGUUUAUCGCACGGCCUCAAACUUCCUCUGCGUGAGAUUUCUGUUCGUGAUGGUUGGGAAGAAACCGCCAGCGUGUUCCAUGCGCUCUACGCAGAAAUAGUGCAGCAAAUGGACAAAUCGCCUCCUUCCUUCAGAAGACGUGGCGUCUCCAGACUGAUGGAGAAAAUUCCCAGAAUCCACUCCAACGCGGCUCUGGGAUCCACAGGCCGUAGUUUCAGCUUCAGCUCCUUCAGAGACCUGCUGCCUGACUGAGAAGUGCGAAGCUUGGUCAAAAAACGACGUCUUUUCGUUAAUGCCUUUUAGUCGUAAGUAAGUGUUGUAGGCUAAGACAAGCUGGAGACAUUGAAGUGAGGGUGGCACUAAAGUAGAAGUAAUUAUACAGUUAAUAUGAUUAUAUUAAACUAUAACCUACUCGCAGAUGUUCACCACAUAUUCACUGGACAGUAUUCAGAAACACAUCUUUUGCGAUCUUAAAUGACUGUUCUAACUUUCGUGCCUUCAGGAACAAUCCUCUGAUCUCUGGUGCAUGUUUCUGCUCUUUUCAGCUUUCCCAGCCGUACCAUUAUGUAGUGUUGUGGAUUGCUUGGUUUUAGGUGUAUUAGGAGCUGGGA